CGUAGAAAAAAACUUUGAAGACGCAAAUAAAAGAGAACGCGAAAAACCCCAAAUAGGAAUCAGCGCUCUGAGAUUUUUCGCCGCUGAAAUCUGGAGACUGAAACUACUGCCUCGUGUGUUCGUCAUCAUCAUCACAGAUCCUAGAUCGGAAUUACUUAUCCUGAUUCCUGUUUGCCCGUAACUUUUUUGACUGAAAUUCCAUUGAGAUUCCUGCGAAUUCUAGGGUUCUUAUUGACGAAGUGAAAUGACCAUUAAAUCUCCCAUCAGACGUUGUUUUCCUUUCCUUCUACGGAAUCUGACAAGGGGACCUAAUGAUCGUUGGGUUCGGUAAGAGAGAAGGUUAGAUCUUUACCGAAUCUGGAACCACGAGAUCCGUCGUUUUGCUUGAUUUUCUUAUUGUUUUUGCUGUGACUGAAGAAGGACUGGUUCGAGGAGUACAAGUUGUGUUCUUUGUUUCUGUCAGAGACUGAUUUGAGGCUGUUAUUUUUUUUUAAAAUAACUACUUAAGCUGUGGGUUUGGGUUUGAGACGAUUGGUUUCACCACUAUUGUGAUUACUUAGAAUCAGAGCUGUUAUUAAGUGUUUUUUUAUAUUUUGGGACAAAGAUGCAUGGCAGACAACGCAAUGUUGGAAAUGGGUACAGAUCUGGUUCGAUCGGAAUGGGUAUGUCUGGUUCUAGAAUUUCCCCUGAGCGUCCUAUGAGAGGUCAUGGGUUCUAUGGUCCGGACCAUCAGCACCGUGGGUUUAACCGUGGAUAUGGACGAGGCAGGGGACGCUCGAAAUCAUACCAGAAUCAGCUGCCUCCGCCUCUGCCUCCUCCACCGAUGCAACGUCGAAGCGGUGGCGGCGAUGUUUUCAUGGAGGCGGGUCGUCUAGCGGCAGAGUACUUGGUCUCUCAGGGUGUUCUACCAGAGACUGCGCUUUCCAGCAAAUGGCAGAAUGGUAAUUUCAGGAAACAGGCUGGAGAGUUUCAGAGUUCCAGGUCACAAGACGCAGCUCGAGCGGAUGUUUCAGCGUCUGCUGCAGAUAAAAGGAGGUACGUUGAUGGCUACAGCUCAGCUGGCUCCAGGAAUAGUUUGAAAGGAAGGAGGUCUCACCGUUACGACUCUGAUUUCGGGAGGAGCGGUUCUUGGUCGGAGAGAAGUAAAGCUUUUGAGGUCGAGACUGGUGACGACUCUGUGUCUGGGCAUCAUGAAGAGCAGCCGCUUGCUGAAGAUAUCGCUAGCUCGGUUCAGAGGUCUGCCUCCGGUGAGUGUAUGAGAAAGCGUGAAGGAGCUGGUGAUUCCGAGUCUGUGUUGGAUAAGUACAGCCUCCAGGACGAGGCACAGUCUAAGACAGGUUCCUCGAGCGCUGGGAAAGAGAUAAUGCACGACUGUGAGAUCUCAAAAGUGUCAGAAGGUUCUUCUAGCUUGAGUGCUGGAUCAGGGGAGAUGAAAGGUAGGACUGGUGGUGAGAAUGAUAACCAGACUGCUAUCGAAGAUGCAUCUGUCCAUCAACACUGUGAAGAUGCAUCUAUCCAUCAACAUUGUGCUGAUGGUGAACCAUUCACCGAGAGUGGUAUUGAUUUGGCAACGCUGUGUAAAUUUGAAAAGGUGCCUACAAGGACACGCUCUUCUCUGACUGCGAAAGGCCCAAAGCUGUAUCUGAGUCAAAAUAUCAGGGAAGCCUCACUUAAUUCCGGACUUGUAGAAGAAGAUGAAACCAAAAAUCAUGGCCAGUCAUCUGGAAAGGCCGGUGAUGAAAAUUUCAACGACCAAGUUGAAGAUAUGGCUCUUGUUCAGUUUGUUGAGAACACUAAAUGCCACAGGUCUAAUUCUUUCCCUACUAGCGUUCUCAGGGAAGAUAGUGAGAAAGAUGCAGAACUAGAAAUGCCUAAUCUGCAUAGAUCAUAUUCGGUGGAGAAAGUAGGCGAGAAACGGUCUCACGAAAGCAGUGACCAAGAGGAGGGAGCGAAAAGACAGAGAGAGUGGGUGCCUGUGCCAGUGUCUGAAGCCAGUGAACGCUUCAACAUAUUAAAAAAAAGCGAGAUGCAAUGCGAUGCGGAAGAAGCAGAGAAGACAGCCUCGUUCAACAGGAGACUGAUUGACGGCGGUGUUGGCAAAACGGCGAGCCAUGAAAAUUUGGUGAACAACCCUACACGCAAUAGUAUCCUCAAGGGGAAACCAGGUCCUGUGUAUGCAGAAGAGCAUCAGCUGUUUCCUGCUUCGUUUAAGAUCUGUGACCUAAACCUAGGGGGAGGGUCUGAUGUGAAUGAUGGCAGAAGGGAAGCUAGUCAAGCUGUUGAUUUCGACCUCUCGAUCAGCAGUUCAAGCAAGUCUCUUGAGUUCAGUACUAAUACUCGGAUGAGCAAUGGUAAAGAGAUAGAAGUGAUUGAUUUGGACAACGAUGAUUCCCCUGACGUUGUCAAAUCCAGCAAUGAACCUGGGAAAAAGCAAGAAGCUGCGCCAUAUAUGGGCAUCGAUGACGUUCCAGACUACAAUGAAGGGCUCAUGAUGGUAGAGUAUCUUGAUUCCUUUGGAAACAUUCCUCCAAUAAACCCUGGAAUCAGUACUGUGCCACAGAACAACGACGUUGCUCUUCAACAAGACCGAGAGGGUGCUCUUGAAAAUGACCAAGUAGCAAAUAAUACAGACGACGAUUCAAUAUUCAUGUCGCUCGGAGAAAUACCAUUGACAUUCUUGCAAGCUUGGGACCAACCUCCGGCUCGAGGCUAUGCGAAGCCUUUCUGAUUCGCUUUUUUUUUUUGGUUUUAGUUAUUAUUAUGUCACGGGGUCUGUGUAAUGAAUGUGUAGCCAUUUCGUUUGUGCUAAUCCUCGCAGAUGUAAGAUUUGAAUACUUUUGUGUUUAUGAUUUCCUUGUAAUUCUCUGUUUAUUAGUCACAUGUCUCCCAUGUUUUAGGCGUGAUAUUGAUACGCAUUGUCUAUGAUAUAACAUGAUAAGUUAAUAACCAAACAUUAAAUGUUUUGGCUCACAAAAUCUC